AUGGCGCGGCCCGGCGAGGUCAUCGACGGCCGCUACCGCGUGCUCGGCGUCGUCGGCCGCGGCGUCUUCAGCUCCGUGCUCAAGGCGCGCGACGUCGCCGCGGAGGCCGAGGACGACGCGGCGGGCAAGGGCGGGAGCGCGCGCUACGUGGCCGUGAAGAUGAUCCGCAACAACGACACGAUGAAGAAUUUAGCGUCCAAGGAGAUCGAGCUCCUCAAGCUCAUCGCGGAGCACGACGGCGACAGCCGCUACCACUGCGUGCGCCUGCUGAGCCACACGGAGCACCGGUCCCACACGGCCCUCGUCUUCGAGUCGCUGAGCAUGAACCUGCGGGAGGCUCUGAAGAAGUACGGCAAGCACGUCGGCAUCAACAUCUCGGCCGUGCGGACCUACGCGAAGCAGCUCCUCCUCGCGCUGCGCCACCUCCACAAGCUGCGCAUCGUCCACGCGGACAUCAAGCCCGACAACAUUCUCGUGUCCGAGAACAACGCGGUGCUCAAGCUCUGCGACUUCGGCUCCGCGUUCCGCGAGAGCGACCCGGGCUGCAGCGACCCGUCGCCGUACCUCGUGUCGCGCUUCUACCGCGCGCCGGAGAUCAUCCUGGGGCUCAAGUACGACACGCGCGUGGACCUCUGGUCCAUCGCGACGUGCCUCUACGAGCUCUACACGGGCCACAUCAUGUACGCGGGCGUCGACAACAACAACAUGCUCCGGCUGAUGAUGGAGCUCAAGGGCCGGUUCCCCGUGAAGAUGCUCAAGGCCCACGCGCGGUCCUACACGGACCUGCUGUUAUUGGACCCCCACUUCGUCGAGGUCGGCUCGACGUUCAAGUUCCAGCACCGCGUCAUGGACGAGCGCACGGGCGAGCCGCGGCUCACGCUCGUCGACGUCGUCAAGGCGACGCGGUCCAUCGCGAACUUCUUCCUCGAGAAGAAGGCCGGCGCCGACGACAAGCGCGUCGUGCUGGACCUCGCGGACUUCCUCGAGCAGACCUGCAUGCUCAACCCGGACAACCGGCCGUCGAUCCUCGAGUGCCUCAAGCACCGCUUCGUCGCGGGCCGCGAGACCCACCCGAAGGACAAGGAGGGCGCGCCCAAGGCGCCCGCGCCCGCGCCCGCGGCGUCCUAG